AUGCCAGGCAUCGACAGGCUGCUGGUGCAGUCUGAUUCUGAGGACUGCUUUGAGAAGCUUGGUCGUUUCGGAUGUUUGGAUGGUGCGCCCUUCCGAGAAAUGAGCUGGUUUCAGAUUGGACUGAAGCUACCGGGAGGGCAAGAAGCAGACAAUAGCACUGGUCCACCCAUGAGUUUCCAGUGGAACGAGGGGCCUGGCUUCGUCCCUCACGUGGAAGGAGCCCUGGUGCAAUCGGCUCGCGCGGUGGCGUGGUCGCCAGCCCAUUCCCUGAUUUUUCGGUCCGUUUUCCCCGGCAGCCGUGGCAACCUUUCGGUGAUUGCGCGAGCUGUUGUGGAGGUCACCGAAGUGGCUUCAGAGGACCGGCUGGACGACAAAGAGACGCUAGGCGACCUGGGCGCAGUCCGAUGCCCAAGGGACCCAGGGAUCAGCGUCCCACCCAUUCCCACUGCCAAGAUCUACGUAUGCGAUGCUUCCGGGACUUUGAUCUCCACCCUGAUGCCCGGACAGAAGGCACUCAUCGAGAGCCCCACCGGUGUGGCGCACUUUCGUAGCAUGUGGGAGCUGUCUGGCUGGGCUGCGGAGGUGGGGAAACAAUACUUCGAGGAGGCGCGUCAGAGUGGCACCUCCAGCUUUCAGGCUGGAACUGUCCAUGUGGCGAUUCGAGCCGUACGCGGCAACCAUCACUUCUUCGUGGUGGCGGCCUCGCAGCGCAACGCCUUCGCGGAUCCCUCCAUGGAGCUGAUCUGCAGCGCGGCGCAGGGCAUCGUCGUUUCACCGUAUCCUGCUGUGGCCAUCGUCCUGGUGCUUUGCUUCAUCUUGAUCCAGAUCAAUGCGAGGUGCUCCGUGGAAUUGCUAUGGCCGCCCUUGAAGUUGUGGAUUUUCAAGGGGUAUACCCUCUGGUGA